AUGUGUAACAGAUUUGUGGGAACCUGGAAACUUGUCUCCAGUGAAAAUUUUGAUGACUAUAUGAAAGAAUUGGAGCAUUGUAACCUUAGAGAAAGGGGCAUUGGUUCAGGUGCAGAAGUGGAAUGGCAAAGAGACCACGAUAAAAAGAAGACUGGUUGA